UCCUGGCCAUCUCCCAGACUCUUCAUCGUCUCCACCAAAUCCCCACGCCGAUCGAUCUCCAAGAUUUGCCCUGGCACCGAGCGAUUCCAUCUUUCCAAUCAAAAUUCCACUCGCCUGAAUCGGAGCGAGCCUGCCCGCAGUUCCGUCGUCAUGGGCGGCUGGAACCGCAUCUCCAGUGCCGGUGGUCUACUGAAGCCGCUCGCCGGCGUCCCUUUCGCCUCCAUGCCCGGCGCCGGCGCCGCCUACUUCCUCAUCGGCUCCGCGCUCGGGGUCUUCGCGAUGCUGCACGCCUCCGAGUCCGAGGUCGGCCGCGAGUGGGCCUUCGCCGCGCGCUUGGCCGCCCUGUACCGCUCCGUGGGUGCGCACUACGUGCUUGACGUAAUGUCCUUUCUCCUCCUGGCCGCCAAAGUCUGGCGCCUCGGCAAGCGCUGCGACGUGGUGGAGGGGCUCGUGGGGGGUCCGGGCCCCACGGUGCAAGCGGUGCGCGUCAGAGGCGUCGUCUGCACCGUGUGUGGGAGUGGGACGAAGGCGCGGGCUCUGAAGAACGGCAGCUCGGGCCACAUUGUGGAGCACUCCCGGUCUGGCAGCUGCUCCGGUAAGCAUGUUUCGAGGUCGCUGGCUUCUGAGCUGGAGCAGGAGGCCGAUACAGAGGACGAGGACAUCGCGAACGAGGUGACCGACGCGGAAGAGAGCAACUUGGAGCGGCUCAGGCGGCGGCUCGUGCGGGAGAGGAGGCUGAAGGAGGCCGCGCUAGAGGAGCUGGAGAAGGAGAGGUGCGCGGCGGCCUCCGCCGCUGACGAGGCCAUGGCCAAGAUCGCGUGCCUGCGGAACGAGAAGGCGUUGGUGGAGCGCGAGGAUAAGCAGUUCCGGGAGAUGGCCCAGCAGAAGCAGAUGUACGAUCGGCAGGUGAUCGAGUCUCUUCAGUGGAUGAUCAAUAAGUUUGGCAUGCAAUCUUAGGCAUUUCAACUUUAGUAGGAGCUAGGCAUGGUAGGUGAAUAGUAUUUUUUAUGAGUUUAAGCAUUCUUAAUUUUUUAGUUCUCGAAUUAUAACGCACACACAUGUGGCACGAAGCAAUUUCGCCCAUAUAUGUUUUGAUGCCAAUUUUAGAUA